GCCCCUCGCCGUCGCACCUCAAAAACUCAUUCAAAUCCCCCGGGACAGAUUUUUUCGAGAUCACACAAUCUUCCUCUUUUCAGAUCUGCAACAAAGUUUAUAAUUUCCCCAUAGGUCCCGUAGUUGAAUUUCCUCUCAGACGUGCAACAAAACUUUCGAGAAGUCAAAGGUUGCGAGGCUGACCUACCAAUUCAACACCCGCAACUUUAUUUUCAGCAAUAACAACAACACCUUCGUGAUAAGCCAUGGACGAUAUCGAACUCGAAGAUGAUUCUGCCGCUAUGGCAGCCAUGAUGGGCUUCUCUGGGUUUGGAAACCAAGACUCUCGUUCUAAGAAACGUAAAUUUAAUGCUGCGACGGAUGCAUUUGUCGAAGGCGCAGAGUUAGAAAAGAUCGACCGGGGAGGAAAGAAGGGACAGGGAAGUGGUGGGAAUCAAAUCCCAUUGGGAAAGACGAGGGUUAUAGGAGCGAAAGCCGAGGAGAAAAGAAACGAAGAGGAGAUCGAUUUGGGGGAUGACGAGGAUGGAGAGGAUGAGGGACCAAGAUAUCUGGAUACGAGUGCGCCGCCCCCGAUAUUCGAUGGGAUUGAGGGAGGAGAACAUGCCUUAGGCCAGGAUGGUAUAUCGGAAGAUCCGGCGUUAGUUGAGGAAAAACGAAAAGCGCAAGAGCAGGUUGAUGCGAUUCUAGCUGCUGCGCCUGAAUUUGCCGAGACCAAUACGUCGCAACCAGUCCCGGGACAUUCACAUGGCCUUCCGGAAAGACCAGUGCAUGGUAAUCUAGGAUUUUCAGGAAAUGGUGGGAAUAGGAGGGGAGGAAGGGGUGGAGGGAGUGAUGCAGGAAGCAUGGCAAGUUCAAGGCCGAGUGGACGGGGUGCGUUUAACAAGACAUGGUAUGAGGGAUACUAUGAUCGAAGUUUCAACGAGAACCCAUGGGCAAAACUGGAGGAAAGGAUGGGACUGGAAGCCAAGGGCGCCUGGGUAUGAAUGUAGAAGGGACAUGGAAAUACUUAUAGAGGAGGACAUUUACAGACCGUUCUUACAAGAUCACUUCUGAUUUGGGGGGGAUAAUUUCUGGAAGACUGACUGUGUGUGUGAGAGUGCAAAUUGAGGCGCAGAUCUCGCUGUAGCAUGAGAAUAAGCAUCAGAUGCCCAACGGGAGAAAUGGAAGUAUAUACAAGCAUACAUAGAUGGAUGAGAGGUUGGACUUCGGCUGCCUUGCUACACGUAAAACAAAUAAGAUUGAAUUCUGUACA